UUCCCGGAAAAUGAAACCGAAGCGCGCUGGCGGUCACAUGACCGGAGGCACGGUUUGCAGUGGCCAGCUGCUCACUCUCGCCUCCAGGUCCUCCGAGGUCGGCGCCAGCCUCCAGGAUCCCCGGGCCGGCGGCAUGGAGUGUCCAGCGUGCGGGCAUGUCUCCAGCGAGGACGCUCCCAAAUUCUGCAGCGAGUGCGGACAGAGGAUGCCUCCCGCGGGCGCCCUGCCAGGCUCUGGGAGUGCUGGUGCCAGGGCACAAACCCCUGUGGAGAGAGAGCCCGAGGGUGCGGAAGCGCUGCGGCCGGGACAUGUGGGCCCCGACUUGUCCCUGAGCUCAGGGGACUGGCAAGAGGACGCGGGCGAGCUUGCUUCUGAUGCCCCCUGGACUGUCCAAGUGGUGAGUACGUGGCCCUGCUGUCCACCUGCACGCCAGCCCUGCCCGCAAGCUGGCCCAGCUGGGCUCUCGGGUGUGUGGGCGAGGAAGCUGCCAGCUAGAGACGAAGUGAAGGAAGAGACGUCAGAGACCAGUAAGAAGAAGAAGAAGAAGAUGAGCUGUGACGCUGCCACCUCCUCACAGCUGGACUCCCUGCGUCCGGCUCCCUCGGAGCCCUCGAGUCUGAAUUCGCUCCAGAACUUCGGAUCCAAAGAUCAGGCCCAGGGAGGCAGCAGCUCUUCACAGUAUGGUCCCAGAUCCCAGGACCCAGUUAAAGGGAAAGACCUCGACCCUGUCAAUCUGCCUGGAAGUAGAGGCCUCCUUGGGGAGGUGCCCAGCCCUACAGUUGCUGGCCAGGCUGAGUCACAGGGUGACAGUACUGAGCCCGGGACAGCAGAUCAGCCAGACCAGCAGAUGGCGGAAGCCCUGGGCUCUGGGGCACUGCAGGCUGCAGCUGAGCCCGCCGUGCCAGGGAAUGACGCUGGCAAAGAAGUGAAGGGCAAGGCCCAGAAAAGCAAGCAGCCGCCAGCCAGUACCCCUGCUUCUAAGAAGCCCUGCCAGGAAUCUGAAUCCAAAGACAUGAGCACAGCUGCUCAUGGAGAGCAAGCAGAUACGAACAAGAAGGCAGAGCCGGAAAAAGUCCCCAGAAAGCCAGAAGGAAACAGCAGGCGCUCCACAGCUGCUCCAAAGAACGAGAAACCGAGGGGCCAAGAGACUGUGGCCAGGGCGCUGAGCCCCGGAGAGGGGGUCACGGUGUACUUCCACGCAAUUGUGUCUCCACACUUCGGUAUCAACCCCAGCUGCCAUAAAGUGUUCGUCAGAGGAGGAGAGGAGCUGGGAAAGAAGUGGUCCGAUGUGUGUGAGAUGAACUAUACCAAAGACUUAGGUGAGGCCGGGUACCUCGUCGAGGGCAGCUUGCUCAUGUCCAGGCAGCACCUGGACAAGGCCAUCCCGUACAAGUACUUCAUCUACUGCGAGCAGGGCGACAACCAGUAUGAAUUCAUCUACAAGAAGCAGAAGGACGAGCCCGUGAACCGCUGCCUGAUCGUGAAGUCGGACCUUGUGGGCUCGGGAGACUGGCACCAGUAUGAUGACAACAUCUGCAUGAAGCCACCAGGGACGAUUCAGAAACUCAUUGAUGCCUUCACGGACAGCACGCGGAAGGACCUGGUGCGGAGGAAGCAGCUGGCGGCCAGCAUCAUGCUAGAUGGCAUCUUCAGCGUCCUGCAGGCCUGGAGCGCCGUGAACCUCAGCAGCUUCCUCAGCCAGUUCCAACAGUUCUACACGGUUGUCCGUGUGCCCAUGGUUUACGAGGGGAAGCCCCAGCAGUGGACGGAGCUGAAAUAUGAGGUGCACGAGGUAAAUACGCACCUGUGGAAGUGUCUGAAUAUGUGGAUGGCACCAUUUCUGGAUGGCAGAGGUGGGGACCAAGUGCCUGAAAGCUGCCCCGUGAGCAGCAGGUUGAGGAUGGGCCUGCUCGUCCUCUUCGCCGUGGAGAAGAUGGACAUGUCACUGCCGCAAAGCGACCUGAGCCUGCUGUGCCGCCUGCUGGUGCCCAGCGCCCAUUCCCCCAAUGCCAUCCGCGAGGACCUCGGCCUCUUCCAAGGCACCUCGCACAGCUGGCGGGCAUCCUUGGUCAACCUGUGCCGGAAGUGCAUGGACGACAAGGUGGACGACUACCUGGGCGUCCUGCCCGUGCUGCACUAUUUCAUGGACCUGUCGCCACCCAGGAGGGACGGGGCCAGGCAGUCUGAGGACAGCUGGGCGGCCCUCGAGGGAAUCUCCUACUCACAGUUCCGGGAGAAAGCAUCAAAUGGGAGCCGGCUGCUUGAGUUCCUGGAUCAGAACCAGCACCUGCUGUGCCUCGAUGAAUAUCUCUUCCGCUCCUGGUUCAGUCUGCUGCCUCUGGGCCACUUGGGCCACUACAUGGAAAACUUCGCCGAGCACCUGAGUGACUGUCCAGCUCGGCUCCUGGACUGCCUCCAGGGAAUUGCCUGUCGGCUGCGAGGACUUGGGCCAGUGUCGAAUGCCAAAGUGAAGGACAUUAACAGCCUUCUGAGAACGCUGCUGCACCUGCUGGAGAUCUGUCAUACUGCGAUCCUGAAGGCAGGCCUGCUGCAGGCCUGCCGGGCCCUGUGCGUGACGCUCCAUGAGAUUGUCUGCAGCAGCAUUAAGCGCCUGAAGUUUUACGAGAUCCCGGCCUUGUCGGCGGAGGCUGUGUGUACACUUCUCGCCCUGCAGCCCCAAGCGGAUUCGGCGGAGGGGCCGGAAGAAGCCGCAGGGAAGAGCUCAGGCAUCGCUGACUUCCGGAUCACGCUGACCACGACCAGGGCCUGGCUCCAGGGCGUCUUCGUGGAGGGCAUGCUGCAGAGCUUGCAUUCGUCCAGCGUCCAGUUCACUUAUGAGCGGGAGAUCCAGGUCUGGAGACGGCUGGUGGAAAUAAGCUUCCCCUCGGAGCUCGGCUGGAAGGAGUCACUGCUGGGAGACCUGGAGGGAAGGCUGCGCCAGGAGAGGCCCCGCACCCAGAUCUACGCCUACUGUAGCGCCUGCUGGGACACCACAGGUCCCAGCGACAGCGUGGCCCAACGCUUCGAGAAAUGUGUCAUUGAGGCCGUGAGCUCAGCCUGCCAGUCUCAGACCAGCAUCCUCGAGGGACUCUCCUGUCAAGACCUGAGGAGAUUCGGCACCCUGGUGUCUGCCGUGAUCACCAAGUCCUGGCCUAAAUGCCAUGGGAAGGCCGUGGACGACUUUGAUGAGAUUUUGAAGCACCUGCUGACGGGACCUGACGUGACGCAUCUCUGCAAGUUGUAUGGAACCGACCAGAAGCUGCUAGACAACAUGACAGAUGAGGGCAAGAAGCUGAUGGCUACCACAAACUUGGUGCUCACCAAAGUUGCUGCUGACCUCAUGUCGGGCACCGUUCUGAUCAGGCACCUGGAGAUGGUCCUGAAGCACAGGACCCAGUUUCUGAACAUCUGGCGAUUAAAGGAAAAAAGUCCCUCCCCUCAAGAGGACCAUCAUGAGAUGGAGAAGUUGCUGGAAUGGAGGGAGGAGGAACUGAAGUUUCUGCAGGCCGAGCGGAGACGCGUGGACAGCCUCCUGAAGCAGUGUGAGAGGGUGAAGCACCUGGUGCGAGUGGAUUUUGGAGAGAUUGCUGUGCGGCACUUGGAUGACCUCAGCCACAAAAGCCUGAACACAGCUGUGACCGUGCGCCUGUCCACCUCCUCGGACGAGGACUGGAACACACACUACUGCCUGUGUCCCCAGGACCGGGACAUGGCUGAGGCCAUCGACCGGCUGAAGGACAGCCAUGUCUUCCAGCUCUGCUGGGAAGAAGCCGCGCGGUCCCUGGCCUGGCCUCUGCAGGCCUCAGAGCCACUGGGCAGUGCCAGGGACGAGCCUGGAAUGCCAGUGGUGACCCUGGAUGAGGCCCACACUCAGCUCUACCUUCCAUGCUACGGGAAGUUUCUUAGGCUUUACAUGAACCUGGAGUCAGGAGCCAUCACCCUGGCAGAAGUGGAUGUCAUGUUCAAGGACUUUGUGAACAAGUCUGGUGAGCUGGUCCUAGAGCUCCAGACCAUGUGCAGAGUGGUCAGGCGGCCCAAGAAGCAUUGGAUCUACAAGCGCAUCAGUCAGAUCGAGGAGUACCACAGCCUGCACCAGGCCGCCGGCGCGGCCAGGGAGAUCAUGCGGGUCAAAGAGAGUCUGGGCCUGACCGGCGAUUUCGGUGUCCUUCGCACGUUAUUGAACUUUACGGAUGACUUUGACAACUUCCGCCACGAGAAGCUGGACCGGAUCAACACACAGCUCAUCGAGGCGAAGCGGCUGCUGCAGGACAUCAGCGAGCCGCGCUGCUGCUGCCUCAGGCAGCUGGGCCUGUGCCGCGAGUUCAUCGGCUGGCUCCGGGACGCCCUGGCAGACGUCAAUGAGCUGAAGGUGUUCGUGGACCUGGCUUCCAUCUCGGCCGGGGAGAACGACCUGGAUGUGGACCGAGUGGCCUGCUUCCACGACGCUGUGCAGGGCUACGCGGCCUUGCUCUAUAAGCUGGACACCACGGCCGGCUUCCAGACGUUCAUGGAACACCUGCAGGAACUCUGGAAGGCCCUUGACAAUGACCAGCACCUGCCCCAGAAGCUGUACGAUUCUGCCAGGAACCUGGAGUGGCUGAAGACGGUGAAGGAGAGCCACGGGUCUGUGGAGCUGUCCUCACUGUCUCUGGCCACGGCCAUCAACAGCCGCGGCAUCUACAUGAUCCAGGCUCCCACUGAGGGUGAGAAGACUUCCCCCGACACGGUGCUCCGCCUGCUGCUGCCAGAGGCCCCCGGCGACCCCGACAGGGAGCGCAGCUACAGCCUGGACGAGCUGCAGGAGCUGCUCAACAAGCUAAUGCUGCUGUCGGGCCAGAAGGAGCAAAGCAACUCUGAAGUGGAGAGAUUUUCAGAGGUGUUUAGCCGCGUGCAGCGGCUCGUGCGUGCCUUCCUGGACCUGCACUCAGCCGGAAACCUGCUGUUUCGCUCCUGGGCUGCCAAGGUCUACUGCUCGCCUCGGGGGGACGUGUCCAUCUGCUUGGACUUUGGCCUGGCGCUGGGGGAGCAGCUGGUGGGCGGCGGGGACGUGCUGGAGCAGCUGGAGGCCGUGUGCCGGCCCCUGGAGCACUGCCUGCAGCUCUGGGAGGACUUCGUGACCCAGAAACGAAGCGAACAUUUCUACCUGAACUUCUACACGGCCGAGCAGCUGGUCUACCUCAGCCGCGAGCUGCGGAAGGCGACGCCCAGCCAGGCUGCGCUCACCAUGCUGUCCUUCCUCAAAAAGGACUGCACCCCGGCCGAGGUCUUUUGGGCCUCCUCUGGGAGCGAGCUGGAGGCCGCGGAGCACCGCACCAGCAUCAUGGCCGAACGGGUGGCAAAGCAGCUGCCUCGUGUGCUUGCUGCCGAGGACAGCCUCGGGGGGCAACUGAGGGUCUUCCUGGAGCAGGCCAUGGGCUGCAUGACCGCCUUCCUGCCCCACUGCCUGGACCUGCAGGCUCUGGGGAGCUUUCUGGCCCGCCUGGCCUGUGUGGGCGGGCCCCGCGUGCAGCGGCACCUCCCGCAGGGCCUGCAGGUGGGCCGGCCCAACCUGGUGCUAUGUGACCAGGCCGAGGUGCUUCUGGCCGCCCUGGCUGUGUACAUGCAGGCUCCGGAGCAGCCCCUGCCCAGCUACGACGAGGUGCUGCUCUGCACGCCGGCCACGACCUUCGAGGAGGUGGCGCUGCUGCUGCGCCGCUGCCUCACUCACGGCUCCCGCAGCCGCAAGGUCUACUGCCUGCUCUUCGGGGACCAGCUGAGCUACGAGGUGGCCUGCCGGGCGGAGGCGCUCUUCCACAGCCUGUGUGCCGGGCGCCACCGCGAGGACUACCAGCUCGUGCUGCUGUGUGACCGUGAGCGCGAGCAUUGCUGCCUGCCCUCCGCCUUCAGCCAGGACAAGGUGCUGGUCACCCCCCAGGCGCCCCUGGAGGCAGUCCAGGCCUACCUGGCGCAGCACUUCCAGGUUCCCAAGUGGACCCGAUCAGCAGCUACUGUCUUCAAGGACCAGAUGUGUGUCAGGAUCGUGGCGUCCGAGAGGGCCGGUGUCGGGAAGUCUCUCUAUGUGAAGAGACUGUGCAGCAGGCUGAAGCAGCUGCACGGCAAGGAGGCGCUCUGGAAGACAGUGCGCCUGAUGGAGCCCCGAGUGGACGAGAGCCAGGUGCUCCACAGCCUCACGUCCUCUCUGGACGCUAACUUCCAGGCCAAGCCUGCCAUAUUCCACUUUGACGUGACCUCUUCUGUGCGGACUGGCGUCUGGGCAUUGCUUUUCAAGCUCCUUGUUCUGCGCUAUUUAAUGGACGUCAAUGGGAAGAUGUGGCUCCGGAGCCCAUGCCAUCUGUACGUCGUGGAGAUCCUGCAGGAGAAGUCAGCGCUGCCCCGCAGGCCCUCACGGCUGGGCACAUAUGGCCCGCAAUACAGUUUUCUUGACAUCUUCCCAAAAGUCACCUGCAGACCUCCCAAGGAAGUGAUGACCUUGGGCCUGGGCACCCCACGGAGCCCCACGGAGCCCGGGAUGGACGAGAAGAAGUUCCGCAGCGCGCCCUUCCAGAGGACAUACCAGUACCUGAAACGGUUCCAUGAGCACCAAGACCUGGACGCGUUCCGGUACCAGCCAGGCUCGGUGGAGGGCACCCCCGAGGAGUGCACGCAGCUGCUGCUCAUCCACUGCGGAGUCGUGGACCCGUCGUGGGCGGAGCUGCAGAACUUCGCCAGCUUCCUCAACUACCAGCUCCAGGACUGCGAGAACUCGCUCUUCUGCAACUCAGCCUUCACUGGAGACACCCUGAGAGGCUUCAAGAACUUUGUGGUCACCUUCAUGAUCUUCAUGGCCAGGGACUUUGCCACACCCACACUCCAUACCUCCGACCAGAGCCCCGGGAAGCACCUGGUUGCCAUGGACGGUGCCAGGGAGGAGGAGCUGGCCCCAUUCCUGCUCCGCAAGCGGUGGGAGUCAGAGCCCCACCCCUACGUUUUCUUCAACAACGACCACGUGUCCAUGACCUUCAUCGGCUUCCACCUGCGGCCCAACCAGCGCGGCGGCGUGGACGCCAUUGAUCACCUCAGCGGGCGGGUCAUCAAGAAGGACGUGAUGACCCAGGAGCUGUACCGGGGGCUGCUGCUCCAGAAGGUCCCCUUCAAUGUGGACUUCGACGCGUUGCCCAGAAACGAGAAGCUCGAGCGGCUGUGUCUGGCCCUGGGCAUCCAGUGGCCCUUCGACCCCGACGAGACGUACGAGCUCACCACGGACAACAUGCUGAAGAUCCUGGCCAUCGAGAUGCGGCUCCGCUGCAGGAUCCCCGUCGUCAUCAUGGGAGAAACGGGCUGCGGGAAGACCAGGUUGAUCAAGUUCCUCAGUGACCUGCGCCGCAGGGGCGUCGGGACGCAGACCAUGAAGCUGGUCAAGGUGCACGGCGGUACAACGGCCGACAUGAUACGCCGCAAGGUCUGUGAGGCUGAGGGCGAUGCCGCCCGCAACAGGGAGCGGCACCAGCUGGACACGAUCCUGUUCUUCGAUGAGGCCAACACGACGGAGGCCGUGAGCUGCAUCAAGGAGGUCCUGUGCGACGGCACGGUGGACGGCCGGCCCCUGAACAGGAACUCCGGCUUGCACAUCAUCGCGGCCUGCAACCCGUACCGCAAGCACUCCCCGGAGAUGAUCCGCCGCCUCGAGUCGGCCGGCCUGGGGUACAGGGUGAGCGCGCAGGAGACGGCCGACAGGCUGGGCUCCAUCCCACUGCGCCAGCUGGUAUACCGGGUCCAUGCCCUGCUGCCGAGCCUGGUGCCCCUGGUGUGGGACUUCGGGCAGCUGAACGAUGCGGCCGAGCACCUCUAUAUCUUGCAGAUCGUCCAGCGGCUGGUGGGCUCCGCCCGUGUCAGCGAGGGCCACACGCGGGUGAUGGCGGCGGCGCUGUCUGCCUCACAGGCCUUCAUGCGGCGGAGCGAGCAUGAGUGCAGCUUUGUCAGCCUCCGGGACGUGGAGCGCUGUGUGACAGUGUUCUGCUGGUUCCAUGACCACAGCCAGUCGCUCCUGGAAAAGCUGAGCUCACUCCCAGGCCAGGCUGACAGCGCCUGCCCAAGAGACCCCGUGCUGUGGUCACUGGUGCUGGCCCUCGGGGUCUGUUACCACGCCUGCUUGGAGAGGAAGGAGUUAUACUGGAAGGCGGUCUGCCUGCGGCUUCCGGCGCCCUAUAAUGACAGUCGUGUGGUCCUGAAGGAGAUCAGCCGCGUGCAGGACCUCUUCCUGCACGGUGUGCCCUUGCGGCAGGCCAUCGCCCGCAACGCGGCCCUGAAGGAGAACGUGUUCAUGAUGGUGAUCUGCAUCGAGCUCAAGAUCCCGCUCUUCCUGGUGGGCAAGCCCGGAAGCUCCAAGUCCCUGGCCAAGACCAUCGUGGCCGACGCCAUGCAGGGCCCUGCCGCCCACUCGGAGCUCUUCCGGGGCCUGAAGCAGGUGCACCUCGUGUCCUUCCAGUGCAGCCCCCACUCCACCCCGCAGGGCAUCAUCGGCACCUUCCGGCAGUGCGCCCGCUUCCAGCAGGGCAAGGACCUGCAGCAGUACGUGUCCGUGGUGGUGCUGGACGAGGUGGGCCUGGCCGAAGACUCGCCCCAGAUGCCCCUGAAGACCCUGCACCCUCUGCUGGAGGACGGAUGCAUCGAGGACGACCCGGCCCCCCACAAGAAAGUGGGCUUUGUGGGCAUCUCCAACUGGGCCCUGGACCCGGCCAAGAUGAACCGUGGCAUCUUCGUGGCGCGUGGCAGCCCCGACGAGCUGGAGCUCAUUGAGAGUGCCCGCGGCAUCUGCUCCUCCGACAGCCUGGCACAGGAGCGCAUCCAGGGCUACUUUGCGCCCUUCGCCCGGGCCUAUGAGAGCGUGUGCCGCAGCCAGGACAAGGAGUUCUUUGGGCUCCGGGACUAUUACAGCCUCAUCAAAAUGGUCUUCGCCACGGCCAAGACCUCGUUCCCGGAGCCACCCCUGCGGGACAUCGCCCGGGCCAUCCUCCGCAACUUCAGUGGCAGGGACGACGUGCAGGCGCUGGCCAUCUUCGCGGCCAGCCUGCCGGGGGCCAAGGUCUCCGAGGAGCUCAGCACCCUCCAGCUCAUCAGAGAGAACAUUUUUGGGACCGCGCAGAUGUCGGCCGCGGGGCCGGAGGAGGCCGAGGUGCGCUACCUGCUCGUUCUCACCAAGAACUACGCGGCCCUGCAGAUCCUGCAGCAGCUCUUCGUCGCCGAGGGGCGGCAGCCUGAGAUCAUUUUUGGGUCCAGCUUCCCCAGGGACCAGGAGUACACCCAGAUCUGCCGCAACAUCAACCGCGUGAAAGUCUGCAUGGAGACCGGCAGGAUGGUGGUGCUGCUCAACCUGCAGAGCCUCUACGAGAGCCUGUACGACGCGCUCAACCAGUACUACGUGCGCCUCGGCGGCCACAAGUACGUGGACCUGGGCCUGGGCACGCACCGUGUCAAGUGCCGCGUGCACCCCGCCUUCCGCCUGGUCGUCAUCGAGGAGAAGGAGGUGGUCUACCGGCACUUCCCCAUCCCGCUCAUCAACCGCCUCGAGAAGCACUACCUGGACCUGCACACGGUGCUGCGGCCCUGGCAGAGGGCCAUCGCCAAGGAGCUCAAGGGCUGGGUGGCCCAGUUCGUCGAGCUGCAGCCGGGCCAGCUGCUGGCCCAGCACAAGUACAGCCCCGCCGACGUCUUCAUCGGGUACCACUCGGACACGUGCGCCUCCGUGGUGCUGCAGGUGGCCGAGAGGCAGGGAGUCCACGAGGUCACGGACGAGCUCUACCAGAAGGUGUUCGAGGAGGCCAAGCGGACGCUGCUGCGCUGUGCCACGCCCGAUGCCGUGGUCCGGCUGAGCGCCUCGUUGCUGGGCAGCUUCACGGCCCAGGGGCUGGCACGGGAGUACCGGCACUCACGGCAGCAUGACUCGUUCGCCGACUUCCUGCAGGCGCAGCUCCGCGCAGUGGACCCGGGACGCGGCGCUGUCUUUACGGAGGUCACCACGUUCUCUGGGCUGCUGACGAACCAUGACUGCGAGGGCCUGGCGGCAGAGCUGGGGGACGGGGCCCCCCGGCUCACGAUGCUGUCGCUGCAGCAGUUCGACACCCAGUACUCAUUCCUGAAGGAAGUCCGAAAGUGCUUGAUGAAGACGGCCAGGUGUAAGAUUCUCAUUAUCCAGGCGGAUUUUGAAGACGGCGUGCACAGCGCUCAGCUCAUCGCAUCAGCUAAGUACUCCGCCACCAACGAGAUCAACAAAGCACUGGGCGCAGAGGACUGUGUGUCGGUGUGCUUCAUCACCAAGCUGUCACGGAUGGACAGCAGCACGUCCUUCGUGGGAUUCCAGGGAGGGCUGUGGCUGUCGGUGCACAUUGACGACCUACACAGGUCCACAGCCAUGGCCUCUGACGUGACCAGGCUGCAGAACGUCUCCAUCAGUCAGCUGUUCCUGCCAGGAGACGGCCCUGGGCUGGAAGGCAGCGACAAGGAGGCCAUGGACACAGACGCUCAGGUGGUGGACAGGGAGACAGAGGACACAGAGGAGAUGGGAUGUGAUGCCUCAGUGCCUGCCAGCAGCACUGUGCCCAUCCUGGACACUACCCAGCUGCUACAGAGCUGCGUGCAGAGCGCCGUGGGGAUGCUCCGAGACCGGGCGGAGAGCUGCCAGCGCAACAUGAGGAGGGUGGAGCUGCUGCUCGGCCUCCUGGCCGAGGACGUGUCCUUCCAGCAAGUGUCCAGGAUGCGCCUGCAUGUUCUUCUGAAGAGGCAGGAGAGCCAGGCUUGCAGUCAGAGAGAGUGGGUGAUGCGGGUGGCCUCGAACCAGGACGCACUCCAGGAGGCCGGCACCUUCAGGAACUCCCUGUGGAAGCGUGUGCAGAGCGUGGUCACCCCUCUCCUGGCCAGCAUGGUGGCAUCCCUCGAUAGGGACGGCAACCUGGAGCUGCUGGCUAGGCCGCACGCCCCUGCCUGGACACGGCCUCUCUGGAUGUUCAUCUUCAGGGACACCAAGCUGCUGGACAUCCCCCUGGUGACGAGUGAUGUGAGCAGAUCGAAAGGUGACAUCAUGGUGGAGAACUCCAUGAGUCUGCCCAAGAACUCGGCCAACCACACCCCGUUUAGCUGGAGGAUCAGGGACUACCUGGAAGAGCUAUGGAUCCAGGCUCAGUACAUCACCAGUGCUGAAGGACAGCCAAGGAAGUUGGUGGAGAUCUUCCAGCAGACUCCCCUGGGCCAGUUUCUCGCACAGCUCCCUGGGGAGCAGCGGCAGGAGCUUAUGCAGGGCUUUGUGGGGGACUGUGUCCUCUCGACCAUGAACGUGUCCACCCAGGAGGAGCUGGAGUUUCUGCAGAUGGCUCUGUGGUCCUGCGUGCGGGAGCUCCAUGCAGCUUCAGGCCGGCUGCAGGAGGAGCUGUCCCUGCCCUGGGUGCUGCUGGCCCAGCAGCACUGCGGGAGCCGCCUGCAGAACCUGGCCCGCAUCCUGAGCCUCCAGCCGCAGGUCUGCGCCAGCCUGGCCAACCUCGCCCGGAAGCAGGACCUGGCCGGCAGUGAGAUGACGCUGGAUGCCUACGCAGCCCUGGCCUGUGCAGAAAUGCUGAGUGAGGACAUCCUACAGCCCAGUGCCCAGGCCUGGCUGCAGCAGGUGAAGAAGCUAGCCGUGCCCCUGGAACUGGUCUGCUCAGAGGGGCACCUGCGGGGCAGCAAGAGCGUGGCCGGCACCAUCAGCAGGGAGGUCAGCACCCAUUGGCGCCGGGUCUCGGCCGUGGCGCUGUUCGUGGAGCACGUGCUGCUGGGCAUCCAGAAGCAGGACUCCGAGCUGCGGCAGCUGGUGACCUCGUACGUCUUCCUGCUGGACAAGUGCCUCCAGGAGGACUCGGACCUCAAGGCCCCCAGGCCGUUCACGGCCGUUGUGACCACACUUUGUGAGUGUAAGGAAGCGGCCUCCAAGAUCCUUGCCAGGUUCAAUCUGCAGUCGUGCCCCAUCUGCCUGGGGGACGCCCAGGACCCCGUGUGUCUGCCCUGCGAGCAUGUGUUCUGCCUGGUGUGCCUGCGGAGCUGGCUGGUGCCCAGCCAGAUGCUCUGUCCUUACUGCCGCACAGACCUGCCCAACGACUUCACGCCCACCGUGUCCCAGGAGCACAAGACGGCCAUCAGCCAGCAUGCACAGUUCCGGCAGCUGUGCAACACCUUCUUUGUGGACCUGGUGUCCAGCAUGUGCUUCCGGGACAACUGCCCACCACACAGGGACGUGGUGCAGGGCCUGCUGUCUCUGCUCUUCGUGCACAAGGAGGCGCUGAGGGAUGUGGUCGCUGGGCCCCAGGAGCAUACCAAGUCCCUGUCUCCAUUCAACGAUGUCGUGGAUAAGACCCCGGUCAUCCGCUCCGUGCUCCUGAAGCUGCUGCUCAAGUACAGCUUUCAAGACGUCAAGGGCUACCUCCAGGAGUACUUGUCGCUGCUGGAGGAGAAGACGUUCAUGGUUGAGGACAAAACCGAGCUGUACCUGCUCUUCCUUAACUGCCUGGAGGACUCCGUCCGGGAGAAGGCCAGCGCGUGCCCCCAGAGCCAGGAGCUGAACUUGCUGAGGAAGGAGGGCCACUUCCUUCAGACCCACGCCCUGAGCAGCCAUGCCCACAAGGCAUCCGUGGAGCACCUGCAGGUGGUGGCCAGGAUUCGCCUGUGCCUUGACAGGGCCUCUGGCUUCCUCUCAGAGUUCCAGGAGGACAAAGCCAUGGCCGAGGCGCGGCAGAGCUACCUCCAGCACGUGCAGCAGUUCUGUGUCCGCGCACAGGACGACUGGUACCGUGUAUACCUGGUGCGCCAGCUUGCCAGCCGGCGGGGCAUGGAGUUCGUGCAGCGCCUGUCUGCCCAGGGCCACCCGUGCCAGUGGGUAUUCCCCAGGGAUGUCAUCACACAGCAGGAGGAGCACCUGGGCCAGCCGGAUCGCUUCCUGGUACAUGGCAGUGAGUACCAGGCUCUGCGGGACGCGGUAGGCAAGGCCAUGCUGGAGGGCAGUCACGUGGCCAUUGCAGCUGUUCUGCAGGCCUGCAGGACACCCGGCGCACCAAAGGCAGUCUGCUUGCUGUUGGCGCUCUUCCGAGAAGUGGCUGUGCUGUACAGAUGCCAAAAUGUGAACCUCCACCCCAAGCCAGAGCAAUGUGCCACCAUCAAAACGUUCCUCGAAGAAAACCCCGUCCUCCCUCCGGGCGCCAAAACGUUGGCGACGGCCCUCGUGGACAAUGCCCUGCCGCUGCUGAGGGCACACCCCCAGGACAGUGGCCUCGAAGGCACCGUGCUGGAACUGGCCACGCAUGCCGCCGCCGUCCUGCUCAAUGGACACCACGCCGUCUUGGAGCCACUGCGCAUGUUGGCCUUCUCCCCGUCCAACAUGGCGGGAGCUUACCUGCCCACGAUGCCUGAAGACCUGCUGGCUCAAGCGAGGCACUGGCCAGGCCUGGAAGCGGUGCAGUGGUACACUUGUCCCAAUGGCCACCCGUGUUCCGUGGGAGAGUGUGGUAAGCCGAUGGAGCAGAGCUCGUGUGUCGACUGCGGCGCUCCGAUUGGCGGGUCUAACCACAGGCCUACCGCGGGCUUCCACGUCAUCAUGGACAACAGUGACAGAACGCAGACGGGACACGUGCUGGGUGACCCGCAGCACAGAGAAGCAGCCACAGUGCCUGACCGAGAGCUGUCCCCGGCGGCCUUCACCCUCAUCCGGCUGCUCACACAUCUGGCCAUGCUCUGGGGAGCCGCCCAGCACCCCCAGGAUCUGCUUGCCAUCAUCAGGCCUCCGGUGAGGGACCCGCAGCACUUCCUGCGGCAGCACAUCCAUAAGGACCUGGAGCAGGUGGCCAGGAUGCUGGGCCAGAGCGCCGACGAGACCGCCUGUGUGGCCCACCUCGUGUUGCGCAGCCUCCUCCAGGAGCAGGCCCCCAGCCCCACUGGGAGGCCUGGGAACUUCGAUGCGCAGCUGUCAACGAAAAUGAAGAGGAACAGCUGGGAGAAGCACAUGGAGGCCUUUAUCCUGCCCGUCCUGCAGAGCCUGGACGCCAGCCUGCUGCAGGUGAACGCGCUGAUCAGGCAGGAUGAGCGCAUCAGUGCCAACCCCGUGGCCAGGAUUGUGUAUGGCGACCCCGUGGCCUUCCUGCCCGGGCUGCCCCGCCAGGGUGCACUGCACUGCUCCAAGGCCUGGAGCUGCCGGCAGAAGGUCACGGUGGAGCGCCUGCAGCACGUGCUGGAGCAGAACAACGGCAGGGAGACGGUGCCCAUCCUCUGGUACUUCCUGCAGCAGGAAGCAGAGCUGCGACUGGUGCGGUUCCUGCCCGAGAUCCUGGCCCUGCAGCGGAGUCUCGUCAAACAGUUCCAGAACAUGCCGGAAGCAGAGUACCACUCCCUCAGGGGCUUCAUCUCCAGUCACCGUGCAGAUGGGCAGAGGCACCUGCUUCAGAACCGCAUCACCAUCUUCCUGUCAACAUGGAACAAGCUGAGGCGAUCUCUUGAGACCCACGGUGAAAUCAAGCUCCCCAGGGACUACUGCGCCUCGGACUUGGACCUGGAUUCUGACUUUGCGGUCGUCCUGCCUCGGCGGCGUGGCCUGGGCCGCUGCGCCACCGCCCUGGUCAGCUACCUGAUCAGCCUGCACAACAGCAUGGUCUCCAAGGUGGAGACGUUCUCCCAGGAGAGCAGCAGCUAUUCCGUGGACGCCUCGGAGGUGGGCGAACAGCAUGUCAUCAGCUACGACGUGGAGCGCGACCUGACCCCGCUGAUGCUGUCCAACUGCCAGUACCAGGUGGAGCGCGGUGGCGCGGCCCUGCAGCACAUGGACCUGGACAAGAUGGAGCGGCAGCUCAUCAGCCGCUUCCUGCAGGGCAAGCCCAAGCUGACCCUCAAGGGCAUCCCGACCCUGGUGUCCAGACGGGACUGGAACUACGAGCGCCUCUUCAGGGACAUCAGGAACAAGAUGGCACAGGACGCCCUGCCCCUCUCGGCCGUCAGCACCAUCACCGGGCUGCUGCAGACCUACAGUGCCGCCUGCGAGGCCCUGGCCGUCACCGAGGUGGCCCUGGGCUUCCUGGGCACUGCUGGCGGGGAUCCCAGCAUGCCCCUGAACGUGUACACCCAGGAGAUGCUGCGCAUGGCAGAGCAGACGGGACCGGUCCUGCAGACCCUGAGCAGGUGCCAACUGAGGCACGCCAUCGCCCUCUGGCAGCUGCUGGCCGCUCACAAGUCCGAGCAGCGGCUGCGGCUGAAUAAGGAUCCCUUUGUGGACAUCGAUCUGAGGUACCAGAAAGAACUCAGCCCCGAAGAUGCGCAGCUGCUCAGCGCCUGCCUGAAGCAGGGAAGCCUGGAUGCCUUCCUCCUGGAGCUGCAUGAGAUGAUGGUCCUCAAACUCAGGGCUCUGCCAGAUGAGUCCAGCUUCAACCCCGCAUGGAGCCUGAGAGACACGCUGGUGAGCUACCUGGAGACCAAGGACUGUGAGAUCCCCGAGCUGGAGGAGUUCCCGGAGGAGAUCCUGCUCUGCAGCUGCGUCUCCGUGUGGAAAGCGGCCGCGGCGCUGAAGCGGGGGCGCCAGGCCAGGUAGGCAAGCUGCCGCCCUGCAGGAGGCCAGG